AUGUCCCCUCAAGUCAUUUGUUCAGCCACUGGUGUGACCAACACGCCAGACCAGACAUCUAAGCCUGCCCCAAAUGUUUCAUCAACUGAGACUCAGCAGCCCAAGGACCAGCUCCCUCAGGACUUGGUCAAUGCUAUGCAGGCAAUCUUUGGCAAGCACCCUGGCUACCGAACAACCCAUGCCAAAGGCCUUCUCGUCGAAGGCACCUUUACACCAACAGAAGAGGCCAAGGCGCUUUCUACAGCUGCCCACUUCAACAACCCUUCCACCAAGGUGAUCGCACGGUUCUCUGUUGGGGGCGGUCUCCCUCAUGUUGCAGACGUUGCCGAUGGUGCUACACCCAAGGGCGUUGCCAUUAGGUUCCAGAUUGACGAGAACACCCACACUGAUCUGAUCAGUCACUCAUUCAAUGGAUUCGCAACCCGCAACGGCGAAGACUUCUUGACCUUCCUCAAGCUCUUUGGUGCUGAUGGAUUUACCGACGCGCAGCUCAAGAAGGCCAAGGCUGGCGGCGGAGACUACUCCAAGGAGCAGAAGGCUUAUGACCAAGCCCACGCUGCGUUUUUGUCUUUCCUUGGAAACCCUGAGCACAAGUCUGCUGCUGUCUUUGUUACCUCUGAGAAGCCCAACCCUCAUAACUACGGCACUAUCACAUAUUAUGAGCCCAACACUCAUGUUCUCACCAACAAAGACGGCAAAGUCACAAACGUCCGCUAUCGUCUUGAUCCCGCUGAUGGAGAGCACCUUUACCCCAACAAGACUCCCGAGGACAAGGAGGUGCUUGCGAAGCUUGGCAACGACUAUUUGGAGGAUGACCUCCGACAGCGCUUCCCAGAUAAGCCAAUCGUGCUUACCAUCCAGGCGCAUGUUGCUGGACCUGAUGAUGUUCUAGACGAUGCUACUAUUCCAUAUAAGAGCAAGACUUUUAUCCCUGUUGGCACAUUGGAGAUCAACAAGGUAUCGGACGAUAAUGCUGCUAAGCAGCAACAGAUCGCAUUCAAGCCUAACCCGGAGAAGGGCAGUAUUGAGGGUGUCAAGUCGUCCAAUGACCCAUUGAUUCAAGCACGGAAGGGUGUUUACUGGAUUAGUGCAGAUCAGCGAAGACAUGAGAAGCAAGUCGAGUAG